CAGAGGACAGACUGGACAGAGUGCUUUUGCACGCUUGAACGCGUUCACCUCCGCCCGUCUGAGCACAAGCUUGGACCCUGGAAUCCGAUCAGCCACACACGCACGUCCUGGGCUGGAACUCGCUUCCUCAUCCAGCGAGCUCCGCUGCUAAGUUCAGUCAGCGAUUCGCUGUGUCCUUCGCCAAACAACGCCCGCCUCUCCAGUCCGUAAAUGAGCUCUCCCGUCCAUCUGCAGCUUGGUGCUAACGUCCUGCUGCACAUCGCUUGACGACCUUGCGCCUUGACUCACGACCCUGCCUCUCCCAGCUUGAUCAUCACCCGUUAGGCAGGGUGCAAAGAUAGCGUUGGUGGAAGCUGUUGCCAUUGCCGUUGCCGACCAGAGCGAAGAUGGCGUUCACGGUGCACGUCGUGCCAACAGGCGACAGCAUACAGCUUUCGACCGGCCAGCCUCCAACGACGCUGGAUGCUUUGUAUGCGUGGGCUGCGAGCGAGACAGGAAUAAGGGAAACAGAUCAGAUUAUCCUCACGAAAAAGGGAAAGCAUGUGCAACAGCAGGCUCUCCUCACCGAGGAUGAAUUCUUCCUCUACGACCGCGGACUGUUCACCUCAGGUCCUGCCGGGCGUAAGCCAAUUCCUUUGGAUCCAGUGCCCGAAUCGUGGGUGCCAGAAGACUUUCCCACCGAUCUCCAAGCUCCAGAUAGCUUAAAAGCGUGGCAAACACUUUUCAGGCAGCGACGGCAGUGGGCAUCCAAUAUUCUUCAGGAGUGCAAAUCUCUUUGCGAAGAGGCCCAAUCGUAUCUGGCCAAACGACGCGCAAUUGAGAAUGGUCUACGAGUGGCAACUUCGAAGCAUGAGACCUACCUCCAAAGGUUGGGACAACAGCACAGGGAGGUCAAGGCCUGGUUUGAAGAGGUGCGCAAAGACGCGGGGGCGAAUAUUCAGCUUUUAGAAGAGGACCUCGAGAAAAUGAGCAACGUGCCCGUAAAAACUGCGUUUGGCAAGUUUUUUGGGCGAGCCAAUCUUUCGAGUGGCAGGAAAAACUCAGGGACAGAGGACACAACGAACUUGGCAGCCUUCAUUGAUAGGGCCUCCACGGAGAAGGCUGCUGAUGAGGCAAGAUCAGCGCUAGAUAAGUGUGACAGUGUCCUGCAAGAACUAGGAGCAAGGCUAGAGUCCAUCACGGCUGAGUACGACGGUCUCAUUCGAGACUUGGGCAACAGUCAAACGCGAUCUCUUCGAGAUGACCCGGAUGAGCCGCGAAAGCAGCUUCAAGAGGUACAAGCCAUUGCCAACAAGGUCGCCUCGGACUAUGAGCAUGUGAUGGGCUUGAAGAAUGACCAAAGUGCGCUGCGAGCGGCCUCCAAAAUGGCUCUGCUACACACGAAGAACUUUCUCCCGAAUCUAAGAGAUUGUGCGGUGGAGAUGAAUGAGCUGCUGAGAUAUCUCGUCGAACAAAAGAACAAUCUUACGCAGCGUGCGCUGGACCACCUUCAAACGAUCGCACGCGUCGAGACCUCGAUACCGACACUGCGAAAAGCCUUCGACAGUUUCGAGAUCUCAGAAAGCGGACUCGCAGCUUUGGACCGUGUGGCCGCUGCGAGCCAGCUUCCUAUCACGUACGGCUCGCUGCUUUUGGAGGGGGCUAGACGCAAGGAGUGGGCCGACAAGAUGAAGCACGACUCCGCCGUUCUCGCUGAGGAAAUCGCAGGCUAUCAAGAGGAGGAGCAGCGGCGACGUCGUAAGUGGAUGCGCGGGGUCGCGAACAUGAUCUCGGACGCGUCGGUCGAAGGCAAAGUGCUUAGUGUCGAAGUGAAUCUCCAGGGUGAAGAUCGCACGUGGCCCCCUGUAACGCGUGCAGAUGUCGAGGAGUAUAUUCGGAACCUGCAAGCUAUCCCUGGCUUUGAAGCCGUGGUUGAGAGUCUGACUCAGACGUUGAAGUCGAUGGACCAGCCUACGCGGCAGCAAGUCAAGCGAGCGAAGGCUUUCAAAAUGGGCAGCGUUCAUGAAGCCGGAUUUGGGAAGGGCUCGCUCAUGCUACGGGGCGACGACGAGGCCAAGGUGCUCAGGGAAGCGAACCUCAAGCUUGAAGAGGAGGUGAAAGGGUACAAGAGCCGCAUAAGGAAGCUUGAGGACCUAUUGCACCGGCAGUCGAUGUUCAACAGACUCUCAAUCGGCAACGCAUCGCAGAGCACUCCUUUCGGUGAGCAUGCGAUGACACCAGUGGAUGGGGAACGUGCAGCUCCUCUUUCUCCGCGUCAAGGAGACUUGUCGCGCAGGUCGAGCACUUCGUCAAGGCGUGUGUCGUUCAAUAACCAGAAUCAGGACGAGAAAACGCUGGCACGACGGAUUGUGCAGCUCGAAGCAGACCUGGUCGCUGCGAGAGAAGCACGUGCACGACAAGAGAAGGCUCAUCAAAACGCUCUCGAAGAGGCAAAUUCUACCAAGAAGGAUCUCCUUGAGAACAUGGAGGCCCAGCAGCGUGAAUUUGCAACUGAGCGCCGAUCAUUGGAGGAAGAGCUUACCAGACUCAAGCUGCGUGUCGAGGAACUAGACGAUGAGUUUGACAGAUUGACAAGUAGCCGUGAGAAUGACCGGACAAGUGCAGAGGCUCGAUUCCAGGUUCUCAUAGCCGAACGAGAUGAAGCACGAAGAGAUGCGGCUGAAAAGGUCAAACAGGCUGAGCGGCGGUCGAGGAGUCUGGAACGGAAUCUCCGUGAACGAUCAGAGCGCGAUGCGGAAAGAAUGGACCUGCUCAAAGGUCUCUACAGCGUUCUCGACACCGAAAACCCAGCCCCCGAGGAUCCCGCUGCGCUGUGUGCCGCUCUGGAGGAGUUGGUGCAGCGUAGUCAGGAUCAGGCACGUGAAGUAGCGCAAGCCGUUGCCCUGGCUCGUUCUGAGAACGGAAAUUUACAAGCUAUGCUAGACGUGCAAAAGGCAGAAACCACUCGUUUAGAAGAGAAGCUUGAAGAGAAAGAACACGAGAUAAAGAAGCUAAGAGAUGAGCUUCACGCCGAGCGGAGCAAAGCUGCCUCUGUCAGUGCAGAACUGGAGAGUGAGAGGGGCCACUUGAAGGAUCUACGAGAGAAAUUUGCGGAGGGCGAGACGGGCUCGGAGUCACUUAGGCAGAGGUUGGAGGAAGAACAGGGCAAGGUGAGCGACUUGUCGACCAAAUUGGCCGAGACGAGGUCCCAUAUCAAUAGCUUGGAUGUCGAGCUUCUAUCUCUGCAGUCCAAGUACAGAAAACUCCAAGACCUGUACGAGGCAGCCGAGAAGCGUCUGCAAGAGCGGUCGCAGCGUGCGAAAGCUGUGUCUCAACGCCUGUAUUCGCACAAUGACAGACUCAUGCGCCUCUUGCAAGCGCUUGGCUUUGUUGUGACUUUCGAAGACAACAAGAUGAAACUUGAACGUGCCUCAAAAGCUGGGGGCAGCACUAUGAUGGCAGACGGAUCGACCACCAUUCAGCGCACAGUUUCAGGUUCUACUACAACACGCUGGAUUGAAGAUUUAGCUGACGUCAGCCUUCUGCUCUGGCCGGAGAAAGAUGUUGCGGAAGAAGAAGAGGCAAAGUUCGCGGAGUACAUGGAGCGCAUCGGUCGCUUCAACCUAGACACAUUCAGCGAGGCAAUCACGAAGCGUAUGCGCGACAUGGAGCACACAGCGCGAAAAUGGCAACGAGAGGCUCGUAACUAUCGCGACAAGGCGCACAAAUACCAAUCUGAAGCACACGACAAGAUCGCGUUCCGGAGCUUUAAGGAGGGCGAUCUUGCACUCUUUCUUCCAACGAGAAAUCAAGCGAUGAAGCCGUGGGCUGCUUUCAACAUCGGCGCACCGCAUUAUUUCCUACGUGAACAAGAAGGGCAUAGGCUUGUCAACAGAGACUGGCUUGUUGCGCGCAUCUCUAAGGUCGAGGAGCGGAUUGUUGAUCUUUCCAAGACGCUGAAUUCCCCAGGCGCGGUUGAUACUCGGUCGCUAACUGAGGCCAGCGACGCCGGAACACCGUACGAAGACGACAACCCAUUUGAUCUCAGCGACGGAUUGCGAUGGUACCUCCUAGAUGCACAAGAAGAGAAAAUUGGUGCUCCAAGCACGCCUGGUUUAGGUAAAGCUGUUGUCUCAACAUCAACUGUGUCGGCAACACGUGAUGCUACUACGACAAAGACCACUUCCACUGCUGCUGCAAUACGUAUCAAACGCAAACCAACGGAUGCUGUCGAAGAAGCGAGCAAAGCGCUGAGUCGAAGUCUCGACAGUCGACGCAGCAGUCACAGUAGUAAGAAGAGCGUUCCCGUUUCUACACCCGGACUAGGCAUCAGCACAAAGAACACUAGCAGCAAUGAUGCAUUGAGCCCUGACGCGGCAGCUGGCGCGACACCUCCAGACGCGCAACACCGUAACGGGCCAGGACCAAGUCAUCUCAGAACUACAAGCGACGUGGCGUCAAUGCUCAAGUCCGACGAGGACGAAGCCGCAACGCGUGAUACCGCCGCGUUGCAGGAAGAGGUGCGGAAAGAUCUCUUAUUCGGCCCUUAAGUGUCCAAAUGACUGCUGACCUGUGGAGGCAGCAUCCCCACCCACCUUCCUCUGUCCUCUUGACAAAGUCUAAGCCUGUGAGCUCGCCCCUCAAAGCAGGCUCGUCGCUUGACGCGCUUAGGAGAAACACGCCGCAAGGCUCGAAUUUGGCCUCCCCUGCCGCCAGUCCUGCAAAGCCGAAACCGAGCCCUGCGAAGGCGGGAGUGUGGGACUCGCUGUUCCAAUAUGAGAUCAGCCUUCAGGGCGGAGGGAAGAGGAAAGGCUAGCAUUUUCUUUACUUUGUUGGCUUGCAUCUGAAGCGUACUCGCUUGUAUUUGUAAUUCCUUUGGCGUCCCAAAUGUAAGAAGAUACCCCUCGGUUUCAAAGUAUUGGAAUAGGAUAUGCGGAGAAAAUGGGACGGAAGAUAGUCAAGAAAACGAUAGAAACAAAACUAUCUUUCGAAGAAA